CUAAGUUUGCAGUGAAUUUAUUUUUAUAUCUGAACAUUCCAAAGCGUAUGAUAGUUUCCGAUCGAAUUCUAUAUUCAAAUCCAUAAAAUGUCUACAUAGUAUAUAACACGAUGUUAGUAUCUUUCACGGAGUAGUACUAACACAAAACAUAUUUCUCUGUCACUAAACGUAAACAAGAGAUGUUGGGCGGACGGAAGUAUCAUCAAAGGCCGUUGAAAACCGAGGGGGGAUUAAUACCAGAUCGUUAAUAUGUACUCUCAUAAGGAUUGUCUGGUUCUCUCACAAACACGAUUAAUUCGUUAUAUAUGAUUGUCAAAGGCAAUUAUGAACUAUAAUCAACACUACAUCGUAUUGAUGAAAUAUCUAUAUGCAGUUGUUCCAAUAUUUUCAUCUAAAAUUUUAGAGACAUCACCAUAUGCAGUUUCUGUACAGUCGCAGCAGACAUCAACUAAUGGUUCUUUUUCUGCCAAUCUUGGUUGUGAUGGCGACAUGGAGACCUUCUCUCUAACCAAUGAUGGAGUUAAUCAGUCCUGGUCCCUUGAACUGGACAAUAUUUAUACGAUUGAUUGGAUCUUUCUCUCCAUUGGUGCUGGUACCUACAGCAUUUAUGUAGAACUAAUUGGGAGUCCACCAGUGAGGUGUACGGAUAUUAGACAAUCUGAACAAAUGAAACCUACACUGUUUCAGCAACUGAUAACAUGUGAAUAUCCUAUCGUUGCCUACCGGAAAGGAAAUAGAAUUAGCUUAACUCGAACAGGAAAUGGACCAAUCAAAGUGUUUGAAUUAAAACCAAUAGGACUUUCUGGUAUUAAUCAAUCAGUGCUGCUGAACUUUACGGAAUAUUCGAUGAAAUUUUCAAAAGCUUUAGAUAACGACAUGGACACUUUUUACCAUUCACCAGAGAAGAUCCAUGCGUCUUGGUUCCUGAAAUUGAACAGAAACUAUGUGAUUAAGUGGAUUCUUAUUUCGACAUGGGAAGGAAAUUAUGAAGUACACAUUAAAGAAGAUGGCGCAAUAACGAGUUCGUCAACAAUGUGUCAGAAUUUCAGUCUCCAUAGAAUAAAACAACAAAACAUAGCCUUGGAAUGUUACAAAGAAAUGAAGGGGGAUACUAUUCUAAUAAAAAGAACCGAUGACGGACCAUUGAGGCUGUUUGAAGCGUAUCCUAUAAUAUGUUCUUCAGAUCGCUAUGGACCAAACUGCGCUAAAUGCAGAACAGAGUGUAUUUCUUGCAGUCCUAUAACAGGUGUCUGUAACCAAUGUCAUGGAGCGUUCUAUGGUGACUUCUGUCUGAACCAAUGUCCGACAAACUGUCUCAACGCAAAGUGUGACCAGACAUCAGGGACGUGUGAGGACUAUAUAGAGGGUUGCUAUGGAAAGUGUUGCACUCAUGAAAUCACUACAGCGUCAACAAUUAAAGGUAUAGAAGCUAAAGUGUUCACGCGAAAAAUCAACAAUGACGAGAUCAGCACUAACUGUGAUGAGGACACCACCAUUACUGACAAAAUGGUUGUCGAACAAGAUACGGAGAGAGUGGUAUAUAACCUGACUGUCAUAUUGCUGACUGUUCUCGUGGUGUUAAUUCUGGUAUUGAUCCUAACUGUGGUUGUCCUCUUCAACAAAAGGUAA